AUGUCCGGAAAAGGCACCCCUGUCAAGUCUUCCCAACCACUUACACAAUUCUCAUUCGCCAUCUUCGCCAGACUCCCACCCGAGCUUCAACUUGAGAUUCUUUCACACUGCCAGCAAAACGACCUCAUCUGCAUGUCUCUGGCAUCACACUCUUUCCGCGCCAUGAUGCUUCCACUCAUCCCCGGCAAAACCCUCGCUACUCUCCUACGACCAAGUUCACCCCCCAGAAGCGCUCAAGUGCGAAUGCGGAAACGCCAUGUCUACAAGUACGCUGAGCCCCCGAGGAGAUGUUCAAAUUGGACGCCCUGUCGAUCGUAUGCCACCGAACACACCAUGUGCCGGCGGCAGUGGUGUAGGCACUGCUCGUGUACCACGUGCCCGCUAUAUGCAAGACUCCGCAGAUCGAUGGGAGACCUGAGAUACUGUGCCGAGUGCCAAAAGUUUACGAAGCGCCCGCGGACGAAGAAAUACAAGGGGAGAUGCUUACAUGGCCGCCCUCGGGUUCGACGGAAUCCAGACAAUCACUGGACAGCCAAAAAGGGUGUGUCGUAUGGAUAUCGCUGGUGGCGAAGAUGGGGCACUUGCGGCGUCGAUGCUUGGGGAUAUCCAGACGGGGACAAAACGGCGGACAUUAGCAGAAGGAGAAAUGCGAGAGUUGUGUAGAGAAUUAUUGGCCCUCCAAUUGAUUCGGUUUUGGGUUCACUAUCGAAGGUGUAAACUCAAUUGUGCCAUGGGGUCCCAUUUUAGCGCGUCGUGCCAUGUGCAGCGAGACGUAAAAUCUCUGCGCCGCCAGGUGCUUCUAGGGACUAGUUCAGACAUUUGUGACUAGUUCAUCACUUUUAUACUAUCGAUACUAUCACCGUCAGCAGCAACUGCUCCUCCUAACGAGCCCGAACUUUUCGCGGACAAUCAUGGUUUCAUGGAUGAAUGCUCCCGUCCAAGCUACAUGAUGAUCCAGUGGUUUGUUCCGUAACAGUCUUGAAGCCUUUCGCUUUAC